AGUAAUUGGGGAUUAAGUCAUACAAAAUAAUUCAUGGAUUGUGCUAGAAAACAACUGGAAAAAAAAGAAGAAAUAAAAAUGCAAAAUAAUUCAGGAUCUCCGACCAGUUUAUACAGACAUCAGAAUUGAAGAAAUUAGGGGAUUAGAUGUGUCGGAAGAGUGAAGCCAUGGGAAGAAGAAGAGUAGAGAUCAAACGAAUUGAGAACAAAAGCAGUAGACAAGUCACUUUCUGUAAGAGACGAAAUGGUCUCAUGGAGAAAGCUCGUCAACUCUCAAUUCUCUGUGGAUCCUCCGUCGCUCUUUUCAUCGUCUCUUCCACCGGCAAACUCUACAACUCCUCCUCCGGCGACAGCAUGGCCAAGAUCAUCAGUCGUUUUAAAAUACAACAAGCUGAUGAUCCUGAAACCUUGGAUCUUGAAGACAAAACUCAGGAUUAUCUUUCACACAAGGAGUUACUAGAAAUAGUUCAAAGAAAGAUUGAAGAAGCAAAAGGGGAUAAUGUAAGUAUAGAAUCUCUAAUUUCCAUGGAAGAGCAGCUCAAGAGUGCUCUGUCUGUAAUUAGAGCUAGGAAGACAGAGUUAUUGAUGGAGCUUGUGAAGAACCUUCAGGAUAAGGUGGGGAAGCUGAAGAAAAUUUUGGAAACAGGGGAUGAAAGAGCAGUAAUGUCACCGGAAAAUAGCUCUGGCCACAGCCCACCGGAGACUCUCCCGCUUCUCAAGUAACCACCAAUCAUCAACGGCUGAUUUUUCAUCAUCCUGAUUCAAAAAAGGUAAAAAAAAUUCAUGUGUAAAAAUCAUAAAGAAGCUACAUGUUUUAAAAUCCUCUUCUCCCCCUGCAUACGGAUAAAUUUAUAGACCAAAAAUAUAAUGUUUUCCCUCAAAUAAGAUAUCGACCUUUGUGUUACCUUGGAAGACAGGAUCAGAAGUUUCGAAUGUUUUGUGUGUUCUUAUCUGAAAAAAAGGGAAGGUGAUGAGUUUAUAAAAGUUUUGCUUUCUUCAGCGUGAAGAACCUUGAGGCCAAAAUUAGUAAUUUUGUUAUUUAAUCGCGCUACUUGUGUUACUUUACCUUCGUGGCAAAGUUACUUUGUACCUUAGUAAUGAAUUUUGCUGUUUAAUUUGAACAUAAAAAUC